UACACACACACACGCACGCACUUGCAACCAACCAUUGCGCAGGAACAAUAAAGUGUUUGACUUUUCGCUCAGAGAAUCUGACACCCUGCAGAAAUACCCAGGGCCCACACACACACACACACACUUGUGCUCCAUUGCUGACGUGAAUUCACACCUGCUGCUUGUACCUUCUGCAUCCUUCCUCUAUCACUGCACAAGGACAGAAUCUAUCUAAGACUCGCUACAGACCACCACCUGCUAGCCACCCAGAGCCACACUACCUGACAAGGCCCACUCAAAAGUAGGAGCAACACGCCAACAGGAGAUACAAUAGGGCAAUGUGAGCGCAGACCCAGCCCGUCUCACAGAGCUGCAGGCUGAUAUGGGGAGUCGUCCUAGCAAAGGAAGACGAGAUACCAUCGCAGUGACCGAAGAGGCCACUCCUCAGGCCCCAUCUAUGGAUAUCCACAGGUAUGUGGUGGUGGCUCUGUACAGCUACCCUGCUGGAGGACCUGCUGAUUGCAGUAUCCGGGUGGGAGAGAGACUGAACGUCCUGUCAGAUGAAGGUGAUUGGUGGAAAGUAAGCUCCACGGCAACAGGCAGAGAGAGCUACAUGCCCAGCAAUUAUACGGCAAAGGUGUUCCACAGCUGGCUGUUUGAAGGUGUUAGCCGGGAAAAGGCAGAGGAGUUGCUGCUACUGCCACACAACCAGGCAGGCUCCUUCUUGAUCCGGGAGAGCCAGACACGCAGCGGGGCCUACUCUCUGUCUGUGCGAAGGAAUACCAGCUCAUCCUGCCAGUCUGUGAAACACUACCGUAUCCAUCGUCUGCAGAACAACUGGUUCUACAUCUCCCCAGGCAUCACGUUCCCCUCACUCACCCAGCUGGUCGAGCACUAUUCCGAAAUGGCGGACGGGCUCUGCUGCCUGCUGAGGGAGCCCUGCUUCAUCCAGGGCUCUAACAAUGUUCCCGUGGUAACAGGCCCCCCACCCAUGACCAUCAGGAAGCCCACCCUCAACUGGAAGGAUGUGGACAGCACCAUGCUGUUCAGCAGAGACUCAGAGGAUGCAGCGGAGUCUCUGGUCAGUGAGGGGCUGCGUGAGGCCAUCAGCUCCUACAUGUUCAUGACGGAGAACCCCAGCUGCGAGGACUGUGGGAUGCAGUACACAGACUGAGGAGGGAGAGGAGUUCUUAGGGGACGUGGAGAGGGCAGAAAAGCCGGGCUGGAGGCUGAGCGUCUGUCACUGCGGCCGCUGUGCUUCCAGAACCUUCCAGGGCAUGGUAGGGCUUGGUGGGGUCACUCUGUGCUCGACUCCAUACUGCACCAAGCCUUUGCAUUGACUCCGUGCUCCUUAUCCCAGCUCCUGCAAGGCCAGGCGUUUGUAACUGCCCCAUGCUCAGACUCCACUGACAGAAGUCUGGUCUGACCCUAGGCACACGCCCGCCGCCCCAGUGAAACAGACAAUAAGAGCGUGAGGGAACGUUCCCACAUGGAAAGGCCCGGAAGAUUCCUGCAUGCCCCAGGAUCAUUCUGGGACCCUGAGAAGGACAGAAGGCCUGUGCUGGUGGUCAGUUAAGCGAGUGGGAGUGAUUUAAUCUCCACAUCUCUGGCUUUCGUCUCCUGGGGACCACGGCGACUGACUGGGGCCUGGUGCGUUGUGCAGCCUUGCUGAGAAUGUGCCCAAUGCAAGCAAGGGACAGAGACUUUAAAACAGUUUACUCUGGCCGCAAAGCACUCUCAUAUCUCAGCUCUGGUGUAAUGUUGGCCAAUGGAAAGAUGUUUAUUUGUCAAGUGGGUGAACCACGCUGAAGGUAUCAGCCAUCAGGUUUAAUCAUUCUCCCUCUGUUUCUUGGUUUAAAAUGUUUGCGUGGCACAACGCUGCUUUGUGGCCUUAGAGCAGUUGGAUGGAGCAAGACUGCAGGACGGACAGAAUUGUGCCCCAUUCUGCUGGUUUUACAUUACAUUACAUUAUUGCCAUUUGGCAGACGCUCAUAUCCAGAGCGACAUACAACAAACUUCUCCAAAUGACUAAAACAAAGUGCAUACCCAUAACCAGAGAUAAGUGCGCUGAAAGACCCUAGAGGGAAGUACAAUUUCAAGUGCUCUAACAGUACCACAAAGACAGUACAGCAGUACAGAGAUGAUUAGAACUAGGGCCUAUCAGUUUUACUUGGGUUAUUACAAGUAGUACUGGAAGAUAACAGCUAGGGGCAGUUUUGAAAUGACUUUCUCACUCCUUGGUUAAUUCAUCUGAAAAGUACAUAGUCUGGCCUCAAGCCACAUGUAUCUUAUGACUGGGAGAUCUGCUAAUAAAUGACAGUUACAUAA